AUGGCCACAUCCUGCCCCAAACCUCGCAAAUCCAUGCCCCAAACCCAGAGGAUGACAUCGACAGCAUCAAAGGAUAAGUUGAUUGCAGAAUUACAAGCUCAACUACAAGAGGUAGAGUCAGCAGCAGCAGCAGCAGCAGCCAAAGCUGAAGCUGCCAAAGCUGCACAACAAGUGCUUGAAUUGAGACUGAAAGCCUCUAGUGCUGCUAGCAGUAAUGAUGGAGCUCCCCCAGAUGGAAGUGUCACCUGCCCUUCACCACCUUGCUCUCUCAUCCAGGAUAUGGGCUUGAUGGAUGACUGCAAUCAAUAUAAAUGGAUUUUGCAUCUAGUUCGAGCAUUCAUGAACCACGUUGACUUGCCACGAACAGCAAUGUUCAGGAAUGCUGACCCAGUCAAGUUAGCCCAUAUUUACACAAUUACACAAGAGCGCAUACCCUUCAUGUGUCGCUUUGUUGCAGACUGGGCCACAAGAGAAAUUGUCAAGCAAGCACUCAAGAACUUCUGCUCAUAUGAUGUCACAGUAGCAGGGGCUGAAUUGGAAGACAAUGAGGAGCAGCCGGCAGCUGAAGAAGAGGAACAGGAGACUAGUGAUUCAGAAGGCAGUAAUUUGGGUGAGGGUGAGAACAUCAAUGGAGAGUCAAACAAUGCCAAGUCGGGUGAGGAGUCAGGUGGAGAAUCAGAUGCUGACUCUUGA